AUGGACGACAUCAUUACACGAUGGGCCUCGGACCUGUCCAAGUACCAGAAGGACUUUAAGCACUACGCCAACCAGGUCGCCGAUUGGGACCUGGGCCUGGUCGACAACGGUGAGAAGAUUCAAAAGCUUUACCUCAACACCUUUGAGGCCGAGAAGGCGAGCCACGAGAUUGAGCGCCAGCUCCAAGCCGUCGAGAGCCAGCAGGAUGAGCUCGAAGACUGGCUGGACCGCUAUGAGGCCGACGUCAAGGAGAUGUUCUCCCGCCAGAUGGGACAGGGUGAGACCCUUGCCGGACCCGACCAGGAGCGCGAGCGGACAUACAAGCUCGCCGAGAAGCUCACGCAGAAUCUCGACGAGAAGAGCAGAGACCUGUCCAAGAUGGUCAAGGAGAUCAACGAUAUUUCCGGUACUCUUAGCAAGGGCACCAAGCCUGAAGAUCCCUUGAGCCAGAUCGUUCGCGUUCUCAACGGCCACCUCGGCCAGCUCCAGUGGAUCGACUCCAACGCCGCAUCUCUGCAGGCCAAGGUCUCAUCCGCGCAGAAGGCGAACAAAAACCUUGGCAGCCAGUACGGAGCGCCGGAGAACGACGCCGCGGAGAGCUUUUACAGAUCUUACAUGGGCCGGCGUUGA